AUGUUUCAUUGUGGUGUGGAUUUUUGUGCCGGUGAUUUUGUGAAAUCGAGAAAAUAUGUAUGGUUUAGUGAAAAAUAUUGCUGGAGACAUAGUUCGAUCGAGCAUGCUGGUCAGUUUCUCGGAAUUUGCCGGCGCUGCUGCCUGUUCCACAAACAGCCGGCAAAGUGCUGCCAGAGAAUCACAUCCGGGGGUUCUCUGUAUCUCUCGAAGAGUCCAAUAUUUACGGCCAUAAAUGGUAAAAAUUGUUCGCCAGUUCGUCAUGAUGACGGGUGUUGGCCGAUAACGGAUGAAAUAUUUACAACCCGAUCUACAUCUGCUGGAGAAAUCAACGAAACGAAUGCCUGAAUGUUGCGGACGAAGUACUUGCAGCGAACAUUCCGUGAUGCCUAUUAAUCCAAACCGUAAGCCUUAAAGUAAGAAAAGCAUCACAUUUCCUUGCAGACAGGCCGAGGCGCCUGAUAUUUUACGUUAGAUCUAUCUGGUGGUUUUAAUGAAGACCUUGACGGAGUAAGCUAGAAAGGUAGAAAGUAGAAAGUUAUUGUUGGGCUCAAACCGCAGCUUCCUUAAUUCGUUAGCAUCCGCUCAGUACUUUUUCACAUUCUGUUGCUUUUAACGAGUUCACCCUGGCAGUGACGCGCUAUGGUUCCUUUUGUGUUACCGUGUCGCGGUCGUCGGGAGUCGCGCGUCAGCAUUUGAAUCGCUAAUCCUAUGACGAUUGAUGUUUCUACUGUCUCUAAAACUUUCAUGAACAACUCUUCUGUAUCAAUAGCUCGAUGUGCCGAUCUAUAACCUCGCUGUAGUAGAUACGUAUUCAAUCAUUGGCAGUAAUUAUUUAAGGUUUAUACUUCUCUGAUAACUGGUGAGGAGCUGAUAAAGAACUACAAUGGAUUUUAUAUGUUACACGGCCGGCUCGCUCAACGAUGGCUGUCCGCGAAGGGACGACAGCCUGGCCGCGCACCGAGCAACAGGGCUGGAGAUUUCGGCAGUCGAUUCUUAGUCGAUUGUCCCUCUCUUUCGGGAGGCUAUUGGCUUCGCAAGGAUCUGAGGCAUAGGCGAUAAUUGUUCUAAGUGAAAUCCCGUUUGUUAAUCGUUCCGGUGGCCCCACAUUUAUACUCGGGGCAAAACGAUUUCCUGUCCGGGCCGGCUCGGUGGUUCAUUGUAGCAUUGCUUCGUAGGUCGCUCAAGUCCGUUUAGAACAGCGGCUUGUCUAAAAGUUGAUUUUGUCGUUAGUCACGAAGUUGGCAUCUGUUUUUAGGUAUUUUACAUCCGUUAUUUUUUCGUCCAGCUCCUUUAUUAAUCCUUAAUUUAUCUAAUCAUGGUCAGAAAUAAGUCUGUUGAUUAUCAUGAUCUCUUGAUUUUAAGGCCAUUGUUAGCGCUGAAACUGAUUAACUCGACACAUCGACACACGGAUUUUUACCCACUAAAACCCCCUUCCAAUACCUUUAACCCCCUUCGGACGGGGAGACUGGACGUUAAACAACAUCUGUCGAUGCUCUAACGAAAUGUGUUGUGAGCAGCGUGCAUCUUCAGGAGCAAGCCGUGAUUCCUCUGCUUCUUCAAAGGACUAUAUCCAAGGUUCUUGUUAGUGAUAAAACCAUUUACAACACGAGAACUCCGCGGUAUCUUGCUAGUACUCUUUGUUCGGACUAAAAGCGAACGCGUCCGUCUUGCCUUGA